AUGGGGAUGUCAUUUGGGUCCUUUACCGGCGUCUGCGAGACAGCCGCGCUAGUUGUUUGCCCCCUCGUCGGCACAGCGCAGGGUGUCGAGCCAACAUGCUACAGCCGAAACGUUGACAUUGGCGGCACUCUGAUAUUCCAGCCAUCAACAUGUUUCGUCCACAUUGUUGCUAUCAUCAUGACUGCCAUCAUGAUUCUCCACAUUAGAAGCAAGUACACCGCCGUGGGGAGGAAGGAGAUUGUCAUGUUUUUCUACAUGUACAUGGUCAUUGAGCUGCUCGCCAUGUUCCUCGAUUCAGGUAUUAUCCCAACAUCAAGUCAAGCGUAUCUGUGGUUUGCCGGAGUGUAUACGGGUCUUGUGGCAGCUACAUUCUGUUGUCUGCUUAUAAACGGUUUUGUUGGAUUCCAAUUUGCUGAGGACGGGACACCACUGUCAUUAUGGUUCCUUCGUAUAUCCUGCCUCGUCGUGUUCGGUGUCUCCUUCUUCAUCGCCAUCGCCACCUUCAAGCAACAGUUCGGAUUCAACUACACCAAGCCAAUCGCUCUCUUCAUCGUAUACCUGCUCUGGCCGAUCAUCUGCGUGCCCAUCUAUAUCGUCUCGCAACUUAUCCUUGUCUUCCGCACGCUCGAGGACCGGUGGCCGAUUGGCGACAUUGUGUUUGGCACCGUGUUCUUUGCGGGCGGGCAGGUGCUGCUGUUUGCUUUCAGCGUGACGAUAUGCGAUGCGAUCAAACACUACAUUGAUGGAUUGUUCUUCUUCUCGCUGUGUGUGCUCCUCAGCGUUAUGAUGGUGUACAAAUACUGGGAUGAUAUUACUCGCGAAGACCUCGAGUUCUCCGUGGGCUCCAAGGCGGCUGUGUGGGAAGUCAAAGAUCCGCUGCUUGCACCUGGUGGGCCUGGGGGCGACGACGAAGACGGCUCAUCGUCCGAGCAGCGGUACCCCAACCCACCGCCUCUGCCUGGCUACCCAUCAUCGAAUGGGUCGUACUCGAAUUUCUCGGGGCAGGGCAUGCCGGCGUAUGGUCAGCCGCAGGGCGGAUAUAGAGGGCAGCCACAGCAGCAGGGGAGUGUGGGCAAGGCAGGUGGACGUGGGUAUCCGCCAGGUAAUCCGGAGAGGUAUUGA